CCCCGGCGUCCCCGCAUCCCUGCUGCGCUCGUGGCCACCUGCACCCCGCGCUCCAGCCCGAGGAGCGGGACGUGCAGCCGGACCGGGGGACUCGCGGGCCGCGCUCCUUGGUCCAACAGCCGACGACCCAGCCUGCAGCCCUCGGACGGGCGGUCAGCUGCUCCUGAGGAGCCUGCACCCUGCGCCGUUGCGCAGCGUGCUCGCCAAAGCCGCUCUGCCUCCCGCCCGCGCUCCGUCCGCGCCAUCGCCCCCGCCGGGCAUCGCCCCUGCCGGGCAUCCGCAAGCCCCAUAUCCAUCAGUGCCGCCUCGCCCUGCCCAGACCCCACACCUUUCCUCCGCGUCUCCCGCUGCCAUGAGCUCCCCUAUGGGCAGAAGCCGCUUGCUGGCCGCCGUCCCGCAGCGGCUGCAGAGCCUCGAGCAGACCCUGAGGCCCGCGACAGCCGACCCGCGGGCGCCACCUCCGCUCCGGGAGCUGUCCCCCUGCCCGCUCCUGGCCCCUGGCGAGAAGCAGGACGCGGCGGGCCUGCCGGGCCCCACCAACUGGCCGCUGCUGGGCAGCCUGCUGCAGAUUCUCUGGAAGGGAGGCCUGAAGAAACAACACGACACUCUGGUGGAGUACCACAAGAAGUAUGGCAAGAUAUUCCGCAUGAAGCUGGGCUCCUUCGACUCCCCCAGGGAAGGAGAAGACUGGCAAAGGGUCCGGAGUGUUUUUCAAAAGAAAUUAAUGAAGCCAGUAGAAAUCAUGAAGCUGGACAGCAAAAUCAACGAGGUCUUGGCUGACUUCAUGGGUAGAAUAGAUGAGCUCUGCGAUGAAAGAGGCCACAUUGGAGACUUGUACAGCGAACUGAACAAAUGGUCAUUUGAAAGUAUCUGCCUCAUACUGUACGAGAAGAGAUUCGGGCUCCUUCAGAAGAAUGCAAGAGAGGAAGCACUCAACUUCAUUGCGGCCAUCAAAACAGUAAGUGCUCCUGUAGCUCAGCUUUCCUGCGGCCGCUUUAUGGAUCUGAGCAAGUGUGCAUCGUGGUGCACACUCAAGUCUUGCAUCAACAGCCGGUUAGAGAAAUACUCUGAGCAGCAGCCUGCCGCAGAUUUCCUUGGUGAUAUUUAUGCCCGCAGUCAGCUUUCCAAGAAAGAAUUGUAUGCCGCCAUCACGGAGAUCCAGCUAGCUGGGAUAGAAACGACAGCCAACAGUUUAAUGUGGAUUCUCUACAAUUUAUCCCGGAAUCCUCAAGUGCAGCAAAAACUUCUUAAUGAAAUUCAAAGUGUCUUGCCUGAGAACCAGAUGCCACGAGCAGAGGAUUUGCAGAAAAUGCCCUAUUUGAAAGCUUGCCUAAAGGAAUCCAUGAGACUCACCCCAAGUGUGCCGUUUACCACCCGGACUCUGGAUAAGGCGAUGGUUCUCGGUGAAUAUGCUUUACCCAAGGGGACCGUGUUAAUGCUAAAUACCUACGUAUUGGGGUGCGAUGAAGACAACUUUGAAGAUCCUGAUCAGUUUAGACCUGAACGUUGGCUUCAGAAGAAGAAGAAAAUAAAUCCCUUUGCGCACCUUCCCUUCGGCGUCGGGAGGCGAAUGUGUAUCGGUCGCCGACUGGCUGAGCUCCAGCUCCACUUGGCUGUCUGCUGGGUUGUCCGCAGGUACCGCAUUGUAGCCACCGACAACGAGCCCGUCGAGAGGCUGCACCUGGGCAUCCUAGUGCCCAGCCGGGAGCUGCCCGUAGCUUUUUGCCGGAGAUGAGACCCUCAGGUUUUUUUUUUUUUUCCUCACCCAAAUCAAGAACAGCAACCUUUAGCUUCCUACAAGCAUGGUGCCUGUGGCUGCUACAUUGCUGAAAAGCAAACUGCUACACCUGGAGCGCGACAGUGGACAGCGCGUGAGGAGCACCGAGGGGGAAGGCUGCAGCUGGUCCUGCGCCCGCCUUCCGCUC